AUGUACGCGAAAGCGGCGGUCGACCCCUGCCUUGCCUUCGCGGAGCCCGUGAUGAGGCACAUGAACGACGACCACGAGGAGUCCAUCAAGGGCUACGUGCAGUACAUCGUCGGCACCGGCCCUGUCGAGAGCGCCAAGAUGAAGCGGCUGGACCGUCUGGGCUUCGAUGUGCGCGUGAAGGACAAGGCUGGCGGAGAAGGCGUGCUGCGGGUGCCCUUCCCCGAGCCCGUGACGGAGCGGUCCAAGAUCAAGGCGGAGUUGAGCUCCCCGACCAGCAGGGAGUUGCGUUCCUUGGUGAUCUGGCGUGACAGCUGCCUGAGCCUGAACGUGAUCCUCGCCAGCCUGACAGUCAUGGCAGGGGCGAGCGACAUGAACACAUGGAGACUUUUUCGUUUUGGCCUUUUAAUGGAGCUCCUGUGGGGCUUGACAGGCGCCGUGUGGGCGCGCUCGCGGGCGCGGGUGCUGCGGCGGCCGCUGGGCUGUACGCAGGCGGAGCAGCCGUCGGCUUCGCGCCCGCCCUCACGCGCGGCGCCGCGGCACCCCCGCAGGCCGCGCCGCGCGAUGCCGACACGCCCGUCCAGUCGGACCAGGCACGCCGACGAGCACGAGACUGCGAGGGCAGGCGCCUCUGCGGCGGUGGCCCUGCUCGGCAUGGCCGGCGCGCACCGCGCAGCCAAGGGCACCCGCAACGCCUCGGCCACCGUGACCCGAGCAGCACCGAAAGGGGCGGUGCUGGACAUCUCCACGCAGCUCGGCGCGUGCCCGCCGCUUGGCUUCUGGGACCCCCUGGGCCUGUCCAAGUACCCUGACCCGGCCGUGGCUGCGACUCAGUUCAGGCGUCGCCGCAUCAUCGAGAUCCAGCACGGCCGCGUGGCCAUGUUCGCGUGCAUUGGGUACAUCGUGCCCGAGUACUUCAGGUGGCCUGGAUUCAUCUCGCCCUCUGAGAAGCUUGCGUUCGCAGACAUCCCGAACGGGUUCGGGGCCAUCUACGCGAUCCCACUCGUCGGCUGGACCCAGAUCAUUGCGCUCGCGGGCAUCCUGGAGGUGAAUUUCUUGAGCAGCGAGCCCAAGGAGUACCCUGGCGACUACGACGGCUUCGGUGCCCUGGGCCUCCCGGGCGGCGCCAGCAUUGCGGACAAGGAGACCAAGAAGAAGAAGCUGCUCGCCGAGAUCAACAACGGCAGGCUCGCCAUGAUGGCCAUCAUCGGCAUGUUCUUCCAGAACGGCCUGACCGGCCAGGCCUGGGGCGACUGGUCUCUGUACGCGGACUCGCCGCUGCGUGCGGCGAAGGGUCCUGUGAUUGACAUCUCCACGCAGCUCGGCGCGUGCCCGCCGCUUGGCUUCUGGGACCCCCUGGGCCUGUCCAAGUACCCUGACCCGGCCGUGGCUGCGACUCAGUUCAGGCGUCGCCGCAUCAUCGAGAUCCAGCACGGCCGCGUGGCCAUGUUCGCGUGCAUUGGGUACAUCGUGCCCGAGUACUUCAGGUGGCCUGGAUUCAUCUCGCCCUCUGAGAAGCUUGCGUUCGCAGACAUUCCGAACGGGUUCGGGGCCAUCUACGCGAUCCCACUCGUCGGCUGGACCCAGAUCAUUGCGCUCGCGGGCAUCCUGGAGGUGAAUUUCUUGAGCAGCGAGCCCAAGGAGUACCCUGGCGACUACGACGGCUUCGGUGCCCUGGGCCUCCCGGGCGGCGCCAGCAUUGCGGACAAGGACAACAGGGAGAGAAAGUUGCUGGCCGAGAUCAACAACGGCAGGCUCGCAAUGAUGGCUAUUAUCGGCAUGUUCUUCCAGAACGGCCUCACUGGCCAGGCCUGGGGUGACUGGUCUCUGUACGCGGACUCGCCGCUGCGCUGAGUCGGACGCAUGUGAAGGACUACCUCUCCUCGCCCGCGUGGGUUGGGGGCGGAGCCUCGCCUUCCAGAUCUUUGCAGGAAUCGCAGCAUCUCUCCAGAACUGUCACACACUGUGAGUCUUGUGUCCUCGUCUGUAGUGUCUGGAGUGCAGGGGUGAUUCGGAGAAGCAUCUCAUGAGGUGCACUUGCAGGUUCCUGCUUAGGUGGAUCGCGGGGUGCGUGGGCAGUUCAGUUGCGCCUCUUUUGGUAAAUUCAGGAGGUCGGCUCACCUCGACCUGUCGAGAUUCGCUGUCCUGCGUGCGUAGCUGCUCUUCAGCUCCCGUCGUGUUAGCUGGCUGGCGGUAGUGCCCUGUUGCGAUUUCAAGACGGUUGCACGAGCAUGGUGCCCGAGAAGAGGCCUGCAGCAACGCGUACAGAUUUUCCUUGACAGUUCAUUGUGAUUGUGUUUGUAACCCCGCCGGCGCGUCAAGUGAGAAGGUCGCAUAGGUGCUCCCAUUUUGUAA